AACGGCCACAGCAGCAGCCACUGAGCUGAACAAACUGCUACACAGCGCAGGCCUGGCUCCCCCUUACCUCUUAGCUGCUCACUCCUAUGGUGGUCUUGUAGCGCGCGAGUACCUGCACCUAUACUCCGAUGAUGUGGCUGGUAUGGUGCUUGCAGAUGCAUCAACGGAGAGGCAUAGUGAGCUAAUCAACGAUCCGGAUCUCAACAUUGAUGCUGUACUGGGUGACCUCAAAUUCAGCCAGGUCACGAGGCUACGCGAUAACGCUCGACUUUCUCGAGACGAGUGGAGGGCUCGUGCAGCAGAUAUUACACGAGGAAUACCUACAUCACAGGCGGAAUCCGCAGCUGUAGCUGAAGUAUGUAAGACUCUAGGAAGCAAGGAACAAUAUCAGCGCCAAGCCUUAGGAGCGAGGCCCCUGAGUGUUAUUCGGUGUCGUGGCUCUCAGGACUACCAACGGAUUUAUGCGAAAGGCGUGGAGGCGGGCAAUGGUACUGAGGCACAGCGGACGGCAUUCCGCAGGCUACUUGAUCGCUGGGAUCAUUUCGAUCAGCAGGCGCAGGAGGAACAGCUCCAGCUGUCCUCCAACAGCCGCCUUACCUAUCUCCCCGACUGUGGGCAUCAUGUUCAUCUUCUCCAACCUGAGGUAGUUGCGGACGAGAUCCGAUGGGUAAGGAACCAGAUAUUAGAUAAAACGUCUGCCCAAAGGCUUUAGCACAGUUUCACUUAUAAACCGCUCUCUAGAUAUAUAAUAUAACAAUGCUUUGGAAUAAAGUCGAUGACCUUGCCACCAUUCUCGCAGGGGGGCAC